AUGCCCAGAGUCUCCGCUGCCCGCUACGGCAAGGACAAUGUCCGCGUGUGCAAGGUCGACAAAGACCCUGCCACGGGUAUUCACACCGUGACCGAGAUGACGGUCUGCUGUCUUCUAGAGGGAGACAUCGAAACCAGCUACACCGAGGCCGACAAUAGCGUAGUCGUUGCCACCGACUCCAUGAAGAACACCAUUUAUAUCAAGGCCAAGGAGCACCCCGUCAACCCCCCCGAGCUCUACGCGAGCUACCUAGGCACCCACUUCCUCGACAAGUACCCCCACAUCCACGUAGCCAACAUCAAGAUCGUCACCCACCGCUGGACCCGCAUGACCAUCGACGGCAAACCCCAUACCCACUCGUUCUGGAGGGACGGCCAGAACACCCGCGACGUCGAGGCCAGGAUCUCCAGGAAGGAUGGCAUCAGUCUCGUCAGCGGCAUCUCCGGCCUGAGCGUGUUCAAGAGCACGGGGUCGGCUUUCUACGGCUUCGUCCGCGAUGAGUUCACCACGCUCGGUGAGACCCAUGACAGGAUUCUCUCUACUGAUAUCGAUGCCACUUGGAGCUGGAAGUUCCCCGACACUAAGGCCGUCGAGGAGGCUGCUCCCAAGUUCAACAAGGCUUUUGAGGAUGCUACGGCCAUUUGCAUGAAGACUUUCGCUGAGGACGAAAGCGCCAGCGUUCAGAAUACCAUGUACAAGAUGUCCGAGCAGAUCCUCGACGCGGCCCCAGAGGUCCAGACUGUCACUUUCGCCCUGCCCAACAAGCACUACUUCGAGAUUGACCUCAGCUGGCACAAGGGCUACAAGAACACCGGCAAAGACGCGGAGGUGUAUGCCCCUCAAUCAAACCCCAACGGUCUUAUCAAGGUCGAAGUCUCGCGAUAA